AUGCCGCACGCCGCCGUGACCCGAGCCGAAGUCGCCAAACACAACACGGCCGAAGACUGCUGGGUGAUCAUCGACCACAAAGUCUACGACCUCACAGACUUUCUCGAUGCGCACCCCGGCGGCAAUGUGGUUCUCACCCAAGUCGCCGGCAAGGACGCCACGACCGACUUCUACCAGCUCCACCGCCAGGAAGUCCUAACCAGAUACCAAGACCUAUGCAUAGGGACAAUAGAAGGCGAAACGCCCGAGGUCAUCGAACAGACACCCGGCGAACUGAGUGCCGUGCCCUAUGCAGAGCCUCUCUGGCUGCGGCCGGAGUUCAGUAGCCCUUACUUCAAGGAUAGUCAUCGUCGUCUGCAAAAGGCAAUCCGCGAGUUUACCGACAAAUACGUGACUCCGGAAGCCCAGCAGAAGGAGAAGGAUGGCACGUAUAUUAGCCAAGAGCUGAUUGAUCGCAUGGCGGAAGCCAAUGUUCUUGCUAUGCGACUGGGGCCGGGAGAGCAUCUGCACAACCGCAAAUUGCUGGGUGGUGUCGUGGAUGGCAAAGAAUUCGAUGCCUUUCAUGAUAUGAUUGUGGCCCAGGAGAUGGUUCGAUCAAGUGCACGAGGCUACCAAGAUGGCAACAUGGCAGGCAUGGCUAUCAGCUUGACGGCCGUGAAGCAAUGGCUGAGAAAUAAACCCCUCAAAGAUCAGCUUUUAGAAGAAGUGCUCUCCGGCAAGAAGAAAAUGUGCCUCGCCAUCACAGAGGCAUUUGCAGGCUCCGACGUUGCCGGGCUUCGCACCACAGCUGAGAAGACUCCCGAUGGCAAAUACUACAUUGUCAACGGAACCAAGAAGUGGAUUACAAACGGCAUGUUCUCAGACUAUUUUGUGACUGGAUGCCGCACCAAGAAAGGAUUCUCCGUGCUCUUGAUUCCGCGCGGCGAAGGGGUCGAUACCACCAUCAUCAAGACAUCGUACUCCACAGCCGCAGGCACAGCCUUUGUGCAGUUCGACAACGUGAAAGUGCCUGUUGACAACCUGCUGGGCGAGGAAGACAAGGGCUUUGUGGUCAUUAUGAGCAACUUCAACCACGAGCGGUACAUGAUGGCAGCUGCGGUGAUUCGUAUGUGUCGUGUGAUUGUCGAAGAGUGUCUGAAAUGGUGCAACCAGCGCAUCGUCUUUAAAAAGCCAUUGAUCGAGCAACCAGCGAUUCGUCAGAAACUCGCCAAAAUGAUCUCCCAAGUAGAAGCAAACCAAGCCUGGCUAGAAUCUCUCACGCACAACAUGUGCCAAAUGAACUACGCCCAACAAGCCAAACACCUCGCCGGCCCAAUCGCCCUGCUUAAAUCCCACUCAACCCAAUGUGCCGGCGACAUCGCCAGCGCUGCAACUAACAUCUUUGGCGGUCGUGGUCUGACCCAGUCCGGUAUGGGUAGGACCAUUGAGAACUUCAACAGGUCGUACAAAUUUGAUUCUAUCCUUGGUGGGACGGAGGAGAUUCUGGCCGAUUUGGGGGUCAGACAGGCUGUGAAGGGCUUUCCGAAAGCUAUGUUGUAA